GCCAGGUUCGCCUGCACUCGCGCCCACUCCACGCACGGCAGGAUGCGUCCCGGAGCUGCACCCACGCCGGCGCUCCGGCUCCUCGCGCUGGGCGCGCUGCUGUGGCCGGCGGCCGGCGCCUGGGAGCUCACCAUUCUGCACACCAACGAUCUGCACAGCCGGCUGGAGCAGACCAGCGAGGACUCAAGCAAGUGCGUGGACACCACCCGCUGCGUGGGCGGCGUGGCCAGGCUGUACACCCAGGUGCAGCGGAUCCGCCGCGCAGAGCCCCACGUGCUUCUGCUCGACGCGGGCGACCAGUACCAGGGUACCAUCUGGUUCACCGUCUACAAGGGAGCUGAGGUGGCGCACUUCAUGAACGCCCUGGGCUACGAUGCCAUGGCACUGGGAAAUCAUGAGUUUGAUAACGGUGUAGAAGGUCUGAUUGAUCCACUCCUCAAAGAGGCCAAAUUUCCAAUUCUGAGUGCAAACAUUAAAGCAAAGGGGCCGCUAGCAUCUCAAAUAGCAAAUCUUUAUUUGCCAUAUAAAAACCUUUCUGUUGGUGGUGAAAUGGUGGGAAUUGUUGGAUACACCUCAAAAGAAACUCCUUUGCUCUCAAAUCCAGGAAAAGAUUUAGUAUUUGAAGAUGAAAUCACUGCAUUGCAACUUCAAGUAGAUAAGCUAACAACUCUAAAUGUGAACAAAAUUAUUGCACUGGGGCAUUCUGGGUUUGAAAUGGAUAAACUCAUCGCUCAGAAAGUGAAGGGCGUGGACGUCGUGGUGGGAGGACACUCCAACACAUUUCUUUACACAGGCAACCCACCUUCCAAAGAGGUGCCGGCUGGGAACUACCCAUUCAUAGUCACCUCCGAUGACGGACGGAAGGUUCCUGUGGUCCAGGCCUAUGCUUUUGGCAAAUACUUAGGCUAUUUGAAGGUUGAGUUUGAUGCAAAAGGAAAUGUCAUCACCUCACAUGGAAAUCCCAUUCUUCUCAACAGCAGCAUUCCUGAAGAUCCAAACAUAAAAGCAGACAUUAACAAAUGGCGGGUAAAGUUAGAUAACUAUUCUUCCCAGGAACUGGGGAAGACAAUUGUCUACCUGAACGGCUCCUCUCAGUCAUGCCGCUUCAGAGAAUGCAACAUGGGCAACCUGAUCUGUGAUGCUAUGAUUAACAACAACCUUAAACACUUGGAUGAAAUGUCCUGGAACCACGUGUCCAUGUGCAUUUUAAAUGGCGGUGGCAUUCGGUCUCCCAUUGACGAGGGAAACAACGGCACGAUUACGUGGGAGAGCCUGGCUGCUGUGUUACCCUUUGGAGGCACCUUUGACCUGGUUACAUUAAAAGGCUCCACCCUGAAGAAGGCCUUUGAACAUAGUGUGCACCGCUACGGCCAGUCCACCGGAGAGUUCCUGCAGGUGGGCGGAAUUCAUGUGGUGUAUGAUCUUUCCCGAAAACCUGGGGACAGAGUGGUCAAACUAGAUGUUCUUUGCACCCGGUGUCGAGUGCCCAGUUAUGAGCCUCUCAGAACAGAUGAGGAAUAUAAGGUGAUCCUCCCGAGCUUCCUGGUCAGUGGUGGAGAUGGCUACCAGAUGAUAAGAGAAGAAGCAUUACAACAUAACUCAGGUGACCAGGAUAUCAACGUGGUUUCUCGCUAUAUCUCAAAAAUGAAAGUAAUUUAUACACCAGUUGAAGGUCGGAUCACGUUUUCUGCAGGAAGUUGCUACCGUGGAAACUUUUCUCUAAUAUUUCUCUCAAUUUUGGCAACUAUCAUUGUUUUGUACCAAUAGCCAAAAACUCUCCUUUGCCAUCAAUGUGUGAACCUGCAUUUUUUUUCUCAGAUGAGAUGCAAGCCUGCCUUUUAGGAACUUCUUUGUAAAGGCACAGACCAUCCUCACAGGCUCCUGGAAGCUGAGCUUGGAGGACCCCAAGUGAAGACACCGACAUCAUCACUCAGGAUCGACAACUUAGUGAACACACAGGACAAGAAUUUAAAAUGAGCCCUAAGAGAGGAAGGCCAACCAUCUUUAGUUUACAUAUGCACAUUUUAAACUGUUCAGAAUGAUACUUAAUGGUCUCCUCUCUUCAUAAUUAUCAAUAGCCCCAAGCUCACGAUGACAAGUCUCUGCUGUAUACCUGGUCUCUAUUUUUUUCCUCUUUAGCUCCUGCUGUUGUAGCAAGUUUAAUGGACUAAACACAGGGUGGUCUUCUUUCUUGUGCCACCUGUGUUCUUUUGAUGAGUCAAGAAACAAAUGACACAGCAGAUAAUGGGACAGGCCACAUCAAGGGGCAAGGAGAAAGGGACGGGAAGGACAGGGCACCCAGGACCAAUUUUCAUCAUAGAAGAGAAAGAGCUAAAGAACAUAGAUUUGUUAAAUAGAUAUUUCCUUAGAGUAGCAGCACAGUGCCUGACACAUGGCAUCUACUGUUAAUAAUGUAUGAUAUCCCAUUAGUUCUGCUCUAUGAUCUUUCCUUUCUUCUUAACUUUAAGGUGUCAUGAGAAGAGAGCCUUCUAAAACAAGGUGUAAUUUAAACCUGCACCUGUCCCUCCCCAGCAGGUGCCAGCACUGUGCUUAUUCUAGUGGCACCACAAACACACACACACACACACUCCCUCCCCCAGUUAUGGAAAACCGAGAGGGGAGACAAGGGUUGAUUUUUAAAAACAGUGUACAACAGAAGUUUGAAGUCAGCUCUGCCUCCAAAUCUGAACAAUCGCUAAAUCAUUCUCAAGUCUAGAUGUGAGAACUCCAACCUGGGAGUGAGCCCCUCUGAGUGGGUGCUCAGGGAAUACCCAAUGAAGAGAUGAUUUGUGCCCAAAGGGCAAAUACUUGCUUAAGGUGGUUGUGGGAACAUGUGAACCUGCUCAGCAUUGCAUGAUCCAAUGAGAAAUGGAAACCUUCACCUUAAAUAAAUAGCACCUAAAACAGGAGCACCUACAUUGACCACAAAAUAAAACCAAACAGAAACUUGUGUGGACCACAGGGAGUAUGGAAGGAUUUUCUAGGGUGCUGCAAUAGUCCAUGUCUAUGUCUGGUCAUUGGUCACUCAGGCUAGUUCAGCACGUGAAAUCCAUUGAGCUGUACAUUUGAUAUAUACAUAUUUCCAAAUAUAUGUAUGCAUAAUAAAAACUUAAAAUUUAAAAAACAGUGAGCAAAUCACAGCUAGAGGUUUGGAUAGGGAAUAUGUUUGUUUCUUAAUGUUUACAAAUAUUAAGUACUCAAUAAAAAAUAUACUUUUAAAUUUCAUAACCUCUGUAUAAAUUUUGCUGCAGUGAAAUAUCCUCAGUUCUAUGUAUAUAUGCAUUAGCUAUAAAUAAUGUCAAUAAGAUUGUAGAGAAAAUUAGAGGUAUAUUUGGGGUAUAUUUUUUAUGCUUGGCCUAGUAAAAUAGGAUAGAUUCUAAUGGAAUGCAAACUUUAAAGGACAUUUUUAUAUUUUCUAAAUAUGUGUGCAUGUAUUGUGUAGUCGUAUAAGAAAUUACCUCAAACACUGUGCAAAUGCAGAUUCCAAACCAUAAAAUUGAA